UUUCUUCUCUCAUUUUCUUCCAUAUCUUUCCAAUGGCAACUGUUGAGGUUGAAUCAGCUGCAAACAUUUUGCCGGAAAAGGUGGAAAGCAUCCCGGAAGCACCAAAAGAAGUAGAGCCGGUGGUCGUUGCACCACCUGCAACGGAGGAGGCGACGGAAGAAGCCAUUGCCGACGAUCCACCAGCAGUGGAAGAGCCGGAAACCGUGGAGGCACCGGUGAAAUCGGAGACCAAAGUGGUGGAGGAGACUGAAACUGAUGAGACGACUCAAGAACAAGAAGAGGUGAAGGCAGCUGAGGAAGAAACUCCGGUGGAGGUGACGACGGAGGCAGUCCCGGAAAACACUCAGGCAAAGAUGGAAGAGGAGACUCCGGCGGGGGAGGAGGCCAAAAAGACUGUGGAGGAAGAUGAGAAACCAGUAGCAGCAGCGGUGGUUGCCACCAUUGAAGUUGCAGCAGAGGAAUAGAGGGAGGUCAAAUUUACAUUUUUGACAUGGUCAAAGUUUGUGUUAAAAGCCAAGUGGCAGGAGAUGAUUGGAUGAAAAUGAGCAUCACUUUGGUUUUUUUUUAAUUCCAAAUAAUUUCAUAU